CAACAUAAUUGAGGAGGUCAUCGAUGACUUUGCGAUUAUACAAAAUUACAAAGGAAAAGUAUAGCUGUUUUAGUGUGAUUUUACUGUUUGUCUCAAGUUUUUUUAGUGUAAGCUUAUAAAUAAACACAUCAUGGCUGGUGCAAUGUUAUUCGAAAGAUCACGUCUCUCGUCAACGAACAGAGACGAAGACGUCCGCAUGACCGACAAAAUGGUUAGCACUGGCGAGGUGCCCGAAGACGACGAAGAAAAUAUAAGGGCUAAAGAGCAAGGAAUUUUGAACCUCGGUGAGAAAUACAAGAAAGAAGGCAAAGCUAAGGAACUAGCCGAAUUGAUCAAAGCAACCAGACCAUUUCUCAGUCUCAUAAGUAAAGCAAAAGCUGCAAAACUCGUCCGAUCGCUAGUUGAUUUUUUCCUUGACUUGGAGGCUGGUAUUGGUAUAGAAGUACAAUUGUGUAAAGAGUGCAUAGAAUGGGCGAAGGAGGAGCGUCGCACUUUCUUACGGCAGUCCCUGGAAGCCAGGUUGAUUGCUUUAUAUUUCGACACAGGUAUGUACACAGAAGCCCUCGACCUAGCCACAGCUUUACUGAAGGAGCUCAAGAAAUUAGAUGAUAAGAACCUUCUAGUGGAAGUCCUUCUUUUAGAAAGCAAAACUUAUCAUGCACUUAGCAAUUUACCAAAGGCCCGUGCCUCUCUCACUUCUGCCAGAACAACCGCAAAUGCUAUCUAUUGUCCUCCUAAAAUGCAAGCUGCUCUUGAUUUACAAUCCGGUAUACUCCAUGCUGCUGAUGAACGUGAUUUCAAAACUGCUUACUCAUAUUUUUAUGAAGCCUUCGAAGGUUAUGAUGGGGCAGAUAGCCCAAAAGCCCUUACUGCUUUGAAAUACAUGUUGUUGUCCAAGAUUAUGUUAAAUCAGGCUGAAGAAGUGAACAAUGUUUGUGGCAGCAAGGCUGCCCUUAAAUACGCUGGGAAGGAGUUGGAAGCGAUGCGGGCUGUUGCUACUGCUUCCCACAAAAGGUCACUUGCAGAUUUUCAAGCUGCUUUGAAAACCUACAAGCCUGAACUCGAAGAAGAUGCAGUAGUCCGUGCACAUCUUGGAGCUUUGUAUGACACAAUGUUGGAGCAAAAUUUAUGCCGCAUAGUAGAACCCUACAUGAGGGUGCAAGUUGACCAUGUUGCCCGCUGUAUACGUCUGCCUGUUGUUCAAGUGGAGAAGAAAUUGUCACAGAUGAUAUUGGACAAGAAAUUGAAUGGUAUUCUGGACCAAGGAGAAGGUGUACUUAUUGUUUUUGAUGAAUCACCCUUGGAGAAAACAUACGAGACAGUUCUUGAAACCAUCCAUCACAUGAGCAAGGUUGUGGACACCCUGUACCAGAAAGCGAAGAAACUUUCAUAGACCCAUAUUGUAAAUUUGUUGUAGCAUUAAAGUAUGUAUAUCAAAGUAACCAUAAAUUUUCUGUUCAAAUGAUUGUAAAUGAAACUAUUUUUUGAAUGAAUACAAAAUUUCAUUAUUUGUAUCUACUGCAAUGUUGUAAGCUAAAUAAACAGUGACAUGAUUAUGUAAACAAAAAAAGUAAAAACAUUUUUAGAAAUUGGAGAAUAGCUGUGACAUUGUUCCAGAUAUUCUGCAUUGUGGUCUUCGCAAUGGAAUAGCUUCUUUUGCAUAAAUAACUUUGAAAUAAUACUAAUUCUUUCCUUAUACAUUAUUUUGUUAACAUGAACUAGUAAAAAAUUACAACAUUCUGUUUUAUUGAAAAAAAUAAAAGGUGUUCUCC